GUCACUCACACUCACACACAAACAUUUCUCAACUACGGUUUUCGCGGUAGGAAGCGUUGAUGAACUUAAAUUCUUUUGAUAUUUUAAAAUUAACUAUUGGAUUACUAAUAUUAGUGUCUCGAAUGGGAUUUAAGGACCUCUACUGUGUGCACUAGUGAUUUCUUGUAUAACUGUGUUGUAAUAAUAGAGAUUGGUAGAACUGAACAAUAAUGGCGCGUGUGUGACUUCCUCAGCUCCUUUCGCGUAACAAAAUAGGACUUUGUUCAAACGAUAAAUAGACGCUGCAGAUUAAAGGUAUUAUUUCAGCAAAUAGACGCCGAUUGCAUUGUGAAAAUAAUAUAAGUUCGUGACCAAGUCCCGCAGGUUCCGUGAAAAUAAGGAAACCAAGUUUUCGAUAUAUUCGUAUGAAGUAUGUAACACAACCUCUAUCACCCUAGAUUGCAAAUUGAGGAUUGUCGGACGGCUACUUAUCAUUAUAUUACGGUGAUGCUGUAAUAAGGUCCACAAUGGAUGAUACUGAUGAGAACUGCGUCGGCAGUCAUAGCACAACUCCUUCGAAGGCGGGUGUAAAGCCAAAGAGGCGUUCAUUGAUUGAAAGAGAGUUGGAGACUACUCUGACAGCUCGAGUGACAUCUCCAGUGACCACCGGUGAAGCUGCGGGCAGCACCAGUCGCUAUGGGCGGUCCCGGAGACUGAAGACUGAUCCAGAACCCAUCAAAAUUGAAAUAACAACACCCAACACUUCCCCCGUGCGCAAAACACAGGCCCCCGGCUCAAUUGAAACUAAACCCAACGAAACCUCCACUGACUCAAAAAAGAUUGACAUUACCAUAGAGACUAUUCAAACCAAUAAUAUCUCAUUAAGCCGUUUUGGAUCCGAAGGCAGUGCAUCUAAAUCACCCAUGAAUAAAAAUAAGGUUUACGUCAAGAAAGACCUUAUACAAAACCAGGUGAAGAAAGAAACAUUUUCUCCUACGGAAAAUAUGCCUUCAUCAGCUAAAAAGGCUCGACCAUCUAAUAAGACUCAUUUGAACCUCGUGCUAGAAAGGUCAAUGGAAGAGAAUGGCUUCAACAAGCCUGAUCAAAAUGACAAGAAGAAGCAAAAUGGAUUUCCCGAAACUUUAUCAGUAGUGAAAACCCUCAAUUUUGAUGGAGGUAUUAAAGUGAAGAAAGAAGAAUACAAAAAAGAAGCACCAUUGUCAAAGAGUGAGAUAUUUGAUAGAGAAGCUAAAUGUGUAUACCAGGUUGGAGACUUGGCAUGGGCUAGAGUGGGGACAUACCCAUUUUGGCCUUGCAUUGUCACAAGAGACCCAUACAGUGAUACAUUUGUGAAGAAGAAGUUAUUUGGGAGAGUGGAGAGGGAUGUGAUCCACGUGACAUUCUUUGGGGACAACGGUCGUCGCGGCUGGAUCGUGGACAACAUGCUGCGCAAGUUCUCCGGACUACAGGAGUUUGAGGACACCAGGUCGCAUUUCACACCCGAGAGCAAAAGGAAAGACCCAAGAUACUAUGCAGCAUUCUUUGUAUCGGACAAGAAACGAUCCAAAUGGAACAUCUCAGUUCAAGAGGCAGAAACUAUUCAGAAAGAGCCGAAGAGACUUAGAAUAGACGCACUUUAUGAUCUAAUACACAAAAUCAGAGGCACCAAAAUGACCCCCAAACGUCAAAGAAGUAACAAAGUUACUAGAACAGACAGUGAUGUGUCUUUAAGCGAGAGUCUGUAUGAUACUUUAUUCUCAGAAGAUGACACAAAGGAAGACCCAGACAAUUCUAUGAGAAGGUUGAGAAAGACAUCUCUUGAUGUGUCCGAAGUAGUGACUGCUUGUCUUGAUAACAUGGCUGCGAAAACGGGCAUAUCAAUGAUACAGAAACAAUCGCACAUGGAUAUCUGGCUACAGAAAGCCAAGUCCAAAACUCCUGAGAAGCCACCAACCAAGUUAUUUACUCCUAUAAAAAACAUAAUAAAAGAUAUAUCAAGACAUACAAGUAAAAAAGCCAAAAAGACAAUCUCAAAAGAGAAUACGCCACAGAAGAAUUAUAAUUUACGGAGAUCGUUUGCCAAUUCGAGUGACAUUGAUAAUUUGAGCUCUAUAAGAAUAAUGACCGCAUUACAAAUGCAUGAACAUGAUUAUUCUAAAUCAGCUAAAGAAGAAAUAACAGUCCCUGAAAAUGAUUCAACUAAAAAGGAAACCGAAACGGAAAAUAAAGAUAAAUCUUUCAGUGAUGUUGGCUCCAUAACUAGAGUUGAAACUCUUACUGAUAUUUUUGAUCAUAGUAAUACAAUUAAAGAAUCGACUCUUGACAUUGAAAUGACUGUAGCAACAGAUGACAUUGUUGUCUCAGAUUCAGUAAAUAACAUAAAGAGUGAAGAAAGCACAGAUAAUUUGGCAGACUAUAAACAAACUCCAAUGGAUGUUGAUCCAGUCGACUCAUCAAAAGAUAUCGCGAAAGAUUUUGCUGCUGAUGAAGAAAAUAAAGAAGCAGACAAUGAUCUAAAUAUUAAAAUUGAAGAGUUAGAGGGCAGCCAUUUAACAGAAGAUAAAGAUUCAGAAGAAAAAAGCCUCGCUUCUAAAAAAAAAACUCGAAAAUACAAUUUACGCCUCAGACACUCUUUCCAAGAUAUAAGUGACAACAAUGAACAAGUUAACAAAGUUGAGGAAAGUGACAUAAAUAGCAAAUUGUUGUCAGAUCAAGAGCCAACUUUAUCCGAACUUGUCACCAAGGAAUCUAAAGAAGAAACAGGCUACAUAAAUUUUAAUGGUGACCUGAAUCAUGAAACAAACAAAAACCAAACCGAACCCACACUAAAUGGUACUUAUCAUAGUGAAAGCCUAGAUAUCAUUUCAAAAGAAACUAUUGUGGAACCAGUCAAUACUACAGUGGACAAUGAUAAAAUUUACCAAUCAGAUGCAUCAGUUAAGGAGUUUCAAGUUAAUGGAAUCGAUAUUAAUGGUACCGAAAUUCCACUUCAAGAAAAGACUACAACAGUCCAGUCAGAAAAAAACGACAGUGAGCCUGCAGAGGAAAAAAAUGACAAUAAUCCUGAGGGUGACGUGAAGAAAGAUAUUGCAGCCUCCAAGACUAAUAAAGAUGUAGAUUAUCAAAUAUCUGAAGAAAGUGAAAAGUUACCCGAAUGCAAUGGGUACUCAAGUCCAACUUAUACACAAGACUUUGAUGACAAUGAUGUUAUGAACGAGCAAAUAGGUGAAGAAUGUGAAAGUGUCAUCCGUGUCUCUAAAGUUACUGGUGACUUGAUUGACGUAAAUCCAAGCCCAACCUUCACAGAAGAUUUUGAUAUUAUUAUCGAACCUCAAGCAGACAAAGAAAGUGUAUGUACUUCCAGUAUUGAGAAAGAUUCAACUUCCCAUACAGAACCCGAGUGUGAAUCUAAAGAUGGCAAUGAGCACAAUCUAUAUGUAAACAAUGAAAUUGUGAAAGAGGAUACCUAUAACCUAGUGAAUAAUAAAACUGACAUUACAGAGGCUCCUAAAGAUUUAGAAAUUGAACAAACUAUACCCAUACCUACCAAUUUGGACCCUGACUUUGAAUCAAACGUUUGCAAUGAGCAGAGUAUAUCUGAAAACAGUAUAAUUGUUAAAGAAUGUGAUAACGAUAACAUCGUGAAUAAUCAAACUGACUUUACAGAGAGUACAUAUCAAAAUUCUACAAUAGGUGGAACCAUUGCUAUAGAUUCUCAUAAAGAACCUGAGGUUGAAAUAAAACAAUGCAAUGAGGAAAGGCAGACUGUAAACAAUGAAAUUAUGAAUGAAGAUAAUACAGAUAACUUAAUGAAUACUGAAACUGAAAAAAUAGUGCAUACCCAUAAUACUUCAACAAGUGAAGAAGCUAUGGAUACCACUGAGAGUAAUGCUAUCGGCAUGAGUCCAACUUUUACUGAAGGAUUUGAUAGUGAUGCUGAGUUCACUAAACCUACAGAAGAAUCUAAUAUUCAUGUAACGGAAAAGGUCGACAGUAAUAUUGAACAUCCAUCAGAAAGCAAUGGCUCUUUGAGUCCAACUUUUACACAAGACUUUGAAGGUAAGUUAUAUGAUGUUGAAGAUAAUGUAAUGCCAGUGAAGACCCUUAUAGAACUGGCAUCUGAUAACAAUAGUGUUGCCGAAAAUACAUCAUCGGAAAUCUCGGAAAGCUUCAGGAAACUUGAUGACGACUUUACUUCAUACAUUAAUGACGUCACAUGUUCUAUUGAUAAGCCUAAUAAAGAAACUAUGCCAGAUGUCUUAGAAAGUGGUAGUACUGUAAAUAAAACAGAAACAGGUGUUGACAAAAAUAACGUCACAAUAGUAAACGGUGAUGCUCAAGAUAAUGAAUCAAACUCAGUAAAGGAUACUUUUUUAGAUAAUCAGACAGAACAUUACGAUGAAUACGAACAUCUCAAAAUUACCGAAGUUAAUGACUUGAAAUCUGAUACCAUGUCUAUAGAUAGCACUAUUGAAGAUAAUUUACCAUUAGCAGCAAUUUCACAGCAGAAGUGUAAGGAAUCUGGAGACAAACGCUCUUUAAAUAAUACCAAUGAAAGGAGCCCCAAAAGCAAAACUAAGAAAAAGAUAAAAAUAAGCAGUGAAGUUAAGAAAGCUAAGUGCGAACCAGAAUUUUUAAAGUACUUAGAACUCCGUCGUGAUGCAAUAAUGGAUGAAUAUCCUGAAUUCACUGAUGAUGAAAUUGUAUCAUAUUUGUACAAGACUUGGGUAUAUGAAGAAGAUUUAAAAUCUGAUUCUGUCAAAAACGAUGAUAUUGAACAAUCUAAUCUAGUGAAAGGUCUAAGUAACGGCACAUCACAUAAGACGAGAAAAAUCAGAAUAAAACGAAAAGAAAAUAAAGAAUCAUGGGUGAUUGAAAAGGUUACAGAUUCAGAGUUUAGUUCUCAGACAGUAACUCCUGAACCAGUGUCCAAUGACAGUGAUUCAGAAGACGACAUUGCCAUAGCCAAAAUUGCAUCACCAGCUAAAGUUAAUGGUAUAAAAGAAUCAGUCCCAUGUAUAACCAAAAAAAUCUCAUCCAAAAGCACAAUUGAUUCAAAACAUAAAAGUGACACUGAAGAUUAUGACGAAUCAAUUGCUAAAAUAGAAAGUAAUCGCCCUAAGAAAAAAGCGAAAGUCAAAAUGGAUAUCGAUAAACAUGUUUCAAAGUCUGACUUAAAUGCGGCUAUGGAGGAUCCGGAGUUUGUUAAAUACCUAGAACUACGUCAAGAUGCGUUAUUUGAUGAAAAUCCACAUGUUAGCGUAGACGACAUUACACUAUAUUUGUACAAAACUUGGCUUUACGAAGAAGAGAAAAAAUCCGAGACUGUAAAAAGUGAUGAAAUAGAACAAUCGAAUCUCAUUAAAGGUCUUGGCAAUGAAACUUCAGUACAGCCGAAAAAAGUGAAAAAGCAUCUGAAAAUUGAAAAAGAAUAUGAAAGGAAUAUUGAAGAAAUCAUCCCGAAAUACAAACCAAAGCGCAAAGUUGCAAAGGCUUACUAUAACGAAAAUUAUAUGGACUUGGAAGAGGAGUUGGAAAUAUUUGAAAUAUUCAAGUUUAAAAACAAGAGCAAAAGCAAAACUCCUACUGAUGGGUCCAGCUUAAAUUCUGAACCAAUUUCUGAUCAAGUACCAGCAAACAAUGAAGAACAAUCGGUACCUACAAGUGAGGAAGUGGACACUGUAGCUCAACCAGAAGACGCAGACAUGGAAACUUGGUAUGACGAAGAAGAAUUUUUCUUCUCUGAAUUAACAAGAAUAAAACCAAACGUAUUUAAAGGCUUAGUUCGCGAAAGGGUAUGCGAAAUUUGCGAGAAAACCGGCAAUUUGGUGAAGUGUCGCGGCGCCUGUGCGGGAAUGUUCCAUGUAGAAUGCACCAAGAAAGAGGUGGAAGAGGUGUUAGCCGCGCAACAAGCCACCAAGGGAAGGAAGAAAAAGAAGCCAAGAGGGCGAAAACCAAAGAGUCUAGACGACUCAGAGAGCCAAAGUGACGAAAAGUCACAAACAGAAGACCAAAAUGAUAACGUAGACAACAUAGUGAUCGACGCCGCAACCUUGGAAACUGAGCUCGAAGCCAAAAUGAAAGACAUGCUCGAACAAGAAAACGAUGUCGAAUACGAAUCGAGCAAUUCGGACGACGAACUGAAAUGGGACAAAACUGUUGCUGGCAAGUGUGAAAUAGUCGAGGUCAAAUUAAAAGUAAAGAAGGAAGACAAAACCGACUAUUCCGAUUUCAAAUGCAACGACUGUCAAAAGUGCGACAUACCGUUAUGUUUCGUUUGUAAAGCGCCAGUCUCGCCUAAAAAUGGCGUCGAAACACGUCAAAAAUGUCAUCUGCAGCAUUGUCAUAAGUUCUACCAUUUGGAGUGCCUGGAGUUUUGGCCGCAAACGCAGUUUAACUCCGGAGAGCCUUCUAGAAGCAACAAGAAGAUAUCUGAACAUUACGAGGCAAUAACCUGUCCGCGUCAUGUCUGCCAUACGUGCGUCAGCGACGACCCUAGAGGCUGCAAGACUAGAUUCAGCGGCGACAAGCUGGCCCGGUGUGUGCGCUGCCCGGCCACCUACCACUCGUUCAACAAGUGUCUGCCCGCCGGCUCGACCAUACUGAGCGCCUCGCAUAUAAUAUGUCCGAGGCAUUAUGAGCACAGACCCGGCAAGGUCCCGUGCCACGUGAACACGGGCUGGUGCUUCAUCUGUGCGCUCGGCGGCACGCUCAUCUGCUGCGAGUACUGCCCCACGUCGUUCCACGCCGAGUGUCUGCACAUCGCACCGCCUGAAGGAAAUUACAUGUGCGAAGACUGUGAAACGGGACGACUGCCGCUGUAUGGCGAGAUGGUGUGGGUCAAACUGGGUCAUUACAGAUGGUGGCCCGGCAUAAUCCUACACCCGUGCGAGAUCCCGGACAACAUCAUGGCGGUGAAACAUUCUCAAGGAGAGUUUGUGGUGCGCUUCUUUGGACAGUACGACCAUUACUGGGUGAAUAGGGGCAGGGUGUUCCCGUUUCAGGAAGGUGACACCGGCAAGAUAUCUAGUCAGAAGUCUAAGAUUGACGAAGCAUUCACCAAGGCGAUGGAACACGCGCACAAAGCUUGCGAGAUAUUGAAAACCGCCCCACCAAACGAGGAAGAGCUAGCCGAAAUCCAAUCCUCCUACCUUCCCCCUCACUACGUGAAGCUCAAAGUGAACAAGCCAUGUUCCACGGCGGCGCUGAAGAGGACUGAUGAUGAGGAGAGCUCGCUCACUAGCUGCGAGUGCGACCCGCGAGAUGUCGCCCCGUGCUCCGUGUACUCGCACUGUCUUAACAGGUCAGUGAGUGAACUACAGAAGCUCAAAGUGAACAAGCCAUGUUCCACGGCGGCGCUGAAGAGGACUGAUGAUGAGGAGAGCUCGCUCACUAGCUGCGAGUGCGACCCGCGAGAUGUCGCCCCGUGCUCCGUGUACUCGCACUGUCUUAACAGUAGACAGCUACAGAAGCUCAAAGUGAACAAGCCAUGUUCCACGGCGGCGCUGAAGAGGACUGAUGAUGAGGAGAGCUCGCUCACUAGCUGCGAGUGCGACCCGCGAGAUGUCGCCCCGUGCUCCGUGUACUCGCACUGUCUUAACAGAAUGCUCCUAACCGAGUGCGGGCCGACAUGCCGCGCGGGCGAGCGCUGUCAGAACAGGAGCUUCGAGAAGCGCGUGUAUCCUAAAAUGGCCCCCUACCGCACCCCGCAUCGAGGCUGGGGGCUGCGGACUCUGGAGGAGAUUAAACAAGGCCAGUUCGUGAUAGAGUACGUGGGCGAGCUGAUCGACAUAGAGGAGUUCAAGCGGCGCAUGAAGCGACAGCACCACGUGCGAGACGAGAACUACUACUACCUCACGCUAGACAAGGACAGGAUGAUCGACGCCGGGCCCAAAGGGAACGUGGCUAGAUUCAUGAACCACAGCUGCGAGCCGAACUGCGAGACACAGAAGUGGACGGUGCUGGGCGACGUGCGCGUGGGGCUGUUCGCGCUCUACGACAUACCAGCGAACACGGAGCUGACGUUCAACUACAACCUGGAGUGCGCCGGCAUCGACAAGAAGCGCUGCAUGUGCGGCGCCAAGCGCUGCUCGGGCUACAUCGGGGCCAAGCCUAAACAGGAAGAAGCGCAACCAAAGAAAUCAAUGAACAUCAAUCCGAAAACCGGCAAAAGAACGUAUAACAAGAAACGAAAACCAGCGGAAGAAUCACCGAGCGCCAACAAACCCAAAGUGCCAAAGCCGAGGAAAGAGCGAACGAAACCAAAGGAACUCACAGAGAUAGAGAAAGAUCUUUUGAUAAUUAAGAACGCAACCAACGGGCUUAUGUCGAGCGAUUCUGAAUGCAGCGGUAGACUCAGCAGCUUAGACAGAGAGGAGAAGACUGCCAAAGAGGGACAGAAAGCUUUAAAAAGAAAAAGAGUCAGUUUUUCAACCGAAGAAAUCGUACUACACAACGGUGAUGUUGAAGCACCCAGUGUGAAAAAAAUGAAGCUAGAUGAAGAAGUCGGCGACUGAAUGUAAAGUUAAGUUGUGUUGAAUUUGACGGAUUUAAGGUUAGAUUUUAAGGUUCGUGUACAUAUAGGUUUAGUAUUGAGACUGUCGUGGACUGGUUUUCCAUUUUGACUUGUAUUGUGAAGGGUGUAAAGAUUAAGUUUGUGUAACGUAUACGAGAAUGGUAAUAAAAUAAUGCCCGGAAAGUAUGUAAAAUAAAAUUUAGUAAG